AUGGAUGACACAAGUACGCCACGAGCAUGGUUGUCGGUUUGUGGUGAGUGCGAUAAAUCGCUUAAGUUGGGCAAGCUACCUAAGUUUUCCAUUGCAAAUGGAUUUUUCGUUGGAAGACUCUGUGUGGUGGAUGCGGGGGAGGAAUCAGCCGUCGUUGAGCGCAGAAUGGGCCUCUCGGACGAAUCAUCGCCGGUUAUGGCAAAAGAACACCCAGUCACUGGGAAAGUUGGGGGCCAACAUGAGCGUAAAUUUGAGAUUCAAAGAUCAGACACGAUGGCAAACGAUGUAGCGGGUGAUCAUUUUGCACGCAUGUUCCCACAUCUGUUCCCCUUCGGGCGUGGGCACCCAGGCGAGGUACGAGACGUUCCAGAAUCUGUGUUGGCGUGCAUGAAAUAUUAUGCUAUGCUAAGUGAGCGUCAAUUUGCGGAGGUCGAGAUCUUUUAA